AUGAUUCUUUAAUAUUCAAAUUCUCAUAUCACUCUUGUAAUUUCGCACGAUUUUAACCUUGUUAUGAACAAUAAAUAAAUACUAAAUAUUGUAAUUCAAUUGGAAUUUAUUGUAAUUCAAUUGGAAUUUAUUGUAAUUCAAUUGGAAUUUAAUCAAUUGAAUUUUAAUUUCAGCUUGAUCCAUAAUAAAAUGAAUGCUGUCUACUUCUUCCUUUAACUUUUUCAACAAAACUUAAACAAUCAAUUUUCACUUUAAAACAAACUCAUUUUAAAUUUUACUCCUCAAACUAAUUUUUUAUACAUCCUAAAUAUACAACAUAAUUUAUUAAUUUUGAUGAAGUUGAAAUUGAAAAUUUAAAUCUUAUUAUUUAGAAUAAUCUUAAUUUCAUUUUAGACAAUGAUUUAAAUCAAAUUAAUUUAACAUUAUCUAACGUUUAAAUUUACUAGAGUGAAUUUAAUAAUCUAAAUUCUUUAUUUGAAACUCAAAACUAUAAUAUUAUUAAUUUGA